AGCAAAAGUGCAGUUACCCCAAUCCCAAUCCCGUGGCCCCGUGACCCUUCUUCUCUCUAUAAAUAAACAAACACAACAGCCUUCGGAGAAGCACCGUGCACCACUGGAGAUCGUUCCUUCCUUCUGCUAUCCUCUCCGCGUCUUGGUCGUCUCGUCUUCCUCCCUCCGUCCCUUCCUCCCCCAACAGAGGCACAGAGCAGAGAAUGGGGAGCGGCGAGAAGACCGUCACCGCUUAUGGCGAGUACACCUAUGCUGAGCUGGAGAGGGAGCCCUACUGGCCAAGUGAGAAGCUGAGGAUUUCGAUUACUGGUGCUGGUGGUUUCAUUGGAUCCCACAUUGCUCGCCGUCUGAAGAGCGAGGGCCAUUACAUCAUUGCCUCUGACUGGAAGAAGAAUGAGCACAUGACCGAGGACAUGUUCUGCCAUGAGUUCCACCUUGUUGACCUCAGGGUCAUGGACAACUGUCUGAAGGUCACCCAAGGUGUCGACCAUGUCUUUAAUCUUGCUGCUGAUAUGGGUGGCAUGGGGUUCAUCCAGUCCAAUCACUCUGUGAUCAUGUACAACAACACCAUGAUCAGUUUCAACAUGCUGGAGGCUGCACGUAUCAAUGGUGUGAAGAGGUUCUUCUACGCUUCAAGUGCAUGCAUUUACCCUGAAUUCAAGCAGCUUGACACAAAUGUGAGCCUGAAGGAAUCUGAUGCCUGGCCUGCUGAGCCUCAAGACGCCUAUGGCUUGGAGAAGCUUGCAACUGAGGAGCUGUGCAAGCACUACACCAAGGACUUUGGCAUCGAGUGCCGCGUUGGCCGCUUCCACAACAUUUACGGCCCUUUUGGUACAUGGAAAGGUGGUCGUGAGAAGGCACCGGCCGCCUUCUGCAGAAAGGCUCAGACAUCCACGGAGAGGUUUGAGAUGUGGGGUGAUGGUCUCCAGACCCGAUCCUUCACUUUCAUCGACGAGUGUGUUGAGGGUGUUCUGAGAUUGACCAAGUCAGACUUCCGCGAGCCAGUGAACAUCGGAAGCGAUGAGAUGGUGAGCAUGAACGAGAUGGCUGAGAUCGUGCUGAGCUUUGAGGAUAGGAAGCUGCCCAUCCACCACAUCCCUGGUCCAGAGGGGGUCCGUGGGCGCAACUCUGACAACACCCUUAUCAAGGAGAAGCUUGGCUGGGCCCCAACAAUGAAGCUCAAGGAUGGGCUGAGGUUCACCUACUUCUGGAUCAAGGAGCAGAUCGAGAAGGAGAAGACCCAGGGGGUUGACAUCGCGGCGUAUGGGUCGUCCAAGGUGGUGUCCACCCAGGCGCCCGUGCAGCUGGGCUCCCUCCGUGCCGCUGAUGGCAAGGAGGGCCUCUGAGCGAUGAGACUUCGUCCAUCAGUUCACCGCGUACCGUAGUGGGAUAUGACAUACUGUUUGGAGAGUUUGGACGGUAGAAUAUACUACAGUAGCAGCAAAAAUACUCUUGGGCCCCUUUUUUGGGGGUUCUAUUCUAUUUUUCUAUCUAUUCACCGCUCCAUUAAUUUAUGCCAUGCAUCUUGUUCAUUUUUGCAUGUCUUCUGUACCUUGUUUGAACUCCUUUGGCCAUGACCGGCAAUAAAAUUUUCCCUAUUUCUGCUGUA